CUCCAUUUCUCCCCUUUAUACUAACCCUACCAUUUUCCAGCACUCGCUCAUAUUUUUCUAUUUCCCUAUUGCGAUUUCUCGAAUAAAAAAAAAUCUAAGAAAUUUUUUAAUUUUGUUUUUCAUUCGAAUUUGAAACUACUUUUUUCCUGCGUUUUUUUUUAUUUCGUUUGAUUUUAUUUUCCACCUGAUGUUUGUUUCUGUGUUGUGAUGGAUCUAGGGUUUUGAAUGUGUCCAUAUCUUAUUUCAUCGUAAAGUGUGGGCUUCGUCGGUUAUCCGCUCUGUUCUCGGACAAUCACAUCAUCGACUGUAAAUCUUUGAUAAAGGGGUAGUUUUGGGAAUAUAUAAGAUGUCAUCACCUUAUGUCAAACUGGGAAACCGAACGCUCGAUCAGUGGAAGGUCACUGAGCUGAGGGAAGAACUCAAGAAACGUAAAUUGACUACUAAAGGAUUGAAAGAAGAAUUGGUGAAGCGUCUUGAUGAAGCCGUCCGCAUUGAGCAAGAUAAUUCUAAGGACGAUGCAGAAAAUGAUGAAAAUGACACAAACCAAACUGAGUUACCUCCUGAACAAGAAAAGCCAGAAACUGUUGUUCCUGGAGGAGGCAAGGAUUUCACGGAUGUAGGUAUUAGCAUGGAUGAAAAAGCAGAUUCAAAGCCUGAGCAUGAGAUGGAUGAUCACCGAUCAUUAUUUGAAGGGAAGGUUGAUGUUAGCUUAGAACAAGGGGCCAAGGCUGCUGAGCUGGAAGGGGGCAAUGAUAUUGAAGCCGCUGCUUUAGAAACGACUGUCAUAAGUGAGAAGGUUGAGACUGUUACUGUUGUGAGUAAUGAAAACUUACAAAGUGAUGGAUCAACUGAAGAUGCCAGUGCUGAACCUUCUGAUCCUGAAACUCACUUUCCUGUGACAAACGAGAGCAGCACGCCUUUGGGAUCAUCUGGUGGACCAGGCUUAGAGGACAGUGGAACUCAGUGUGAAACCUUGAACUCAUCUGUUCAGAUGGAAAAGGAUGAUCCCAAUUAUCCAGAUCUGGAUUCCGGUGUCCAGCCAUUGAAGCAUCAGGUACUUGAGGUUGACACUGAUUUAGGGUUUCAAGUAAAAUCUGAAUCUGUUACUACUGAAUCUGUUUCCAUUACUGAGCAAGUUGAACGUAAGGUAGAUGUAAUUACUGAUAAUGUCCCAUUAGAACCCAGCAAUUCUGUCCCUGAUGGUGGUGAAUCACAUCCCAUGGAUGUUGAAGAGCCACUUGACAAAAAAGAUGUUAAGGAGCCACUGGAAAAGAAAGAUGUUGAAGGGCCUCUUAAAGAAAAUGUAACUGUUGAAACUACUGGUGCUGACAACGAAGAAAUGGUUGAUAGUCUCAAGAACAUAGAUGUGGAAGAUAUGGCUAAUGAGAAAUUAAAUUUAGAUCGAAGUUCUGGUGAUGAUUCCAUGGAGGAGGAUAUAGUGGAAAAUAAAAUAGAUGAAAAUGUGGAAAGAUCUGGGAAGCCUUCUCAGAAAGAGGAGGACAAUGUAGAUGUUGUUAGUCCUGAUAAACCUGUUAAAACCAGACUCGACAAGGCUGAAAAUGAGGCUGUCUCCCCAGUGGGGUCAUUGAAAAGGAAGUUUCUUGACAUUCCAGAAAAAGCACCAGUUGGGGAUAAUGACCCUGUCAAAAAAGCACGCAAGUGGAAUGCCGAGGGCUUAAAAGCUCCGGGACCACAAAGUAGUAACAGAGUUAUUUCCACUACGCCUAAGGGUUUAUCUGAACCUGCUUUCAAGCCAUCAUCUGGAACUGAUCCUGCAGUUAAGGAAGAAGCACCCUCAGAGCGUAUUGUUCCACCAUCUUCGAGGGCCCCUACUAAUUCUCUGCGAAUUGAUAAUUUUCUACGCCCUUUUACUUUGAAACAAGUGCAAGAGCUUCUUGGGAAAACAGGCCAUGUUACUGGUUUUUGGAUGGAUCACAUUAAAACUCACUGCUAUGUCUCUUUUUCAUCAGUUGAAGAGGCUGUAGGUACCCGUAACGCUGUGUACAACCUCCAGUGGCCCCCAAAUGGAGGCCGACUGUUGGCAGCAGAUUUUGUUGACCCUCAAGAAGUCAAAACACGGGUAGAGGCCCCAGCAACAACUGUACCACCACAAAACAACGUGCCACCUCAGCCUUCCCCUAGGCAGCAACCCCCAAGAAAUCACCUGCUUCCACCACCACCACCACCACAACUGCCGCUAGCUAAUCCUCCUACUCUUUCCCGGGACAACCGGCUGCACAGAGAAACUCUGCCACCUAGAGAGCACCCUAUUCCGGCGAGGGAGCGGCUGAACAACCUCCCACCACCGCCGCCACCACCUCCACUGGUGGAGAAGGCUGAGCCACCGAUUGUCACUCUUGACGAUCUUUUCCGGAAAACUAAAGCCACCCCAAGAAUUUACUACUUGCCAUUGUCCGAUGAAGAAGUUGCAGCAAAGACCAAGGAACAAGGGAAGAAUGUUGUUAAUUGAGUAGGGAAAUCAAUCUAGGCUCUGUUACUUGAAAAUCGCAGAGCUCUCUAUGUCCGUGUAUCGGCUAAUCUGAUAGAAUUUGGUAGUGAGAAAAAGUAAAAAAUGGUAAGAAACGUAUAUUAUAAAAUUACGUGUUUGCAGGUCUGCAGGUGUCGUUCAGCUUUAAGGAUGAUGGUCGAGUUUUAAGAGUUUGCUGCUGGUGCUGUUUUCGGUUGGUGUGUCAUUUUCAUGUUUCGUUUAAUCAGGAAUUUCCAAUGGGCUUUUGGAUAGGUUUAAUGCGUCUCUGUUUUAUGUCGCUUUACCCAAUUGGGUAUGUCCUGGUUUUAACCAGACUUAGACAUAAAACCUUUGUGUGGACAAGGACUUGUGCCAUCCCGUUG